UUGUAUGUGCACUGCAAUAACAAUAUCAACCCUUUGAAAUCCAGGAGCCUGUGGGCGGGCAAAGGUUUUUAAGUGUUAUUUUCUGAGGAAGAAUGGCAGCAAUGACCCAUAUGAUUGACAGUGAAGUCUUUUUAGCCUUCUCUACCUACGCUACCAUUGUCAUGCUGAAGAUGAUGCUGAUGGCACCUAUGACCACCUACUUCCGCCUGACAAGAAAGGUAUUCGCAAACUUGGAAGACACCAAAUUAGUUUCCUCCACAGAAGACAAGAAAUUUAUCCGUGUGGAUCCUGAGGUGGAACGAGUCCGGAGAUGCCACCUGAACGACCUGGAGAACAUCGUUCCCUUCGUUGUGGUCGGUCUGCUCUAUGCUCUGACCGGACCAGAUCUUUCAUCUGCUCUGCUUCACUUCCGUGUGUUUGCCGCCUCUCGGAUCUGCCACACCAUCGCCUACGUUGGAGCUCUGCCUCAACCCAGCAGGGGGCUGUCCUGCAUUGUGGGCGGGGUGGUCACCGUGAGCAUGGCUUACAGGGUGCUCAGCGUAACACUGCACCUGUAGAGGAGAGAGUACAACCAGCAGGCCUCUGCUGUCUGGAGGGGCUACGCUCUGCCUGGAAAACACCACUUUCAAUAACACACACACAGGCAGAAAUGUCUGUAUACACACACAGGCGCCUUCAGCACAGCCACUCUACUUUUACAUGUCUAGCAGUAAAGCGAUUUCAUUUAUGAUUUUAUAUUUACAUAUGCAGAUACAUAGGAUAAAAUAAGAAAAAGUCAAAGUGUGGUUAUUUAAUUUUUUUUAUUUUACACCUUUAAAUGAGAAUCUGCAUGUUCCCACAACAACAACUGUGUCUCAAAUGUAGGAUUUGACCAAGGUUUGAGAGGGUUUAAAGGUGCUGCAUGUGGCUUUUUUAACCAUCAUUGUAUCGUUGUCAAAUUAAGUGUGAUGUCUUAACCUUAAUUACUGUGAACAGAUGAGGGCAUGGCAGACAUAUUAAAUAGCCCCUUUCUCACAGCAGUGGUAUUGUCUAAUCAGGGUGACGAAUUGUUGGAACACCCAAAGCCUAAAACUUUAUCUAAUUUUUAAAAAUCAACCAUAAACCAGCUACAACUGGUUAUACAACUGGUAAUAGUGUGACGAUAAAUGAUCUUUUUUUUUUUUUUUUUUUGCUCAGUUGAUGGCACGUCAGUAUUAAUUUUGACAGCCAAUUUUAAUUUUGUUUCAGUCUUGGUCUUGACUAAAAUGCAUUUUAGUUUUUAUAUUUGAUUUGUUCUAGUUUUUGUUGAUACAAAAUUUAGGCAGCUUUAGUUGAUGUAUGCAAUUGUUUUCCACAUUUUUUUUACUCUGUAAAUUUCUCCUGAAAUUAUUUCAGCGCCCUUCAUACACAGAUUGAUCUGUCUUGUAUUGUAUCUAGCCUCUUUUUCCUUCUUUGUCUCUCUUUUUUUUAAACUCUACUUCGUAUCAAAAUAAAAGCUUACCCAUAUGUCUGUUCCCUCCAAAGUGAAGUCAGGGCUGUUGUGUUCAUUCAUCUAUUUCUGUCAUUUUUGUCUUUUGUUGAUGAAACUGUCAUCAUAUUUUGCUGUAGUAUUUGUCAACAAUGGUUCACCUUAAUUUAUAUUUCAUCUUGCUUUUGUCCUGGAAAAAGUGUUAUUGUCGAAUACUUUUUGUUAUAGUUUCCGUCAACAAAAUUUACACUGUGGUACAUAUGUAUGGUAAAUUUAACAUGAUGUAAAGGGACCAUUUAACAUGUCUUUUAAAAACUGAAAUGGAAUUUGUCAUAGACCCCAUUGCUUCCUACCCCCUUGUCCCUGUGUGGCAUCUUUGUUGAGAGGAGAUUUUUCCAUUGCCCUGUCACUCCUUCCACUAUCUCUUUUUUUUCUUUUUUGCCAGAAAGUCUGAAAGCUUUAGCUGCAUAGGAAGAACAGCAUCUUCACACACUAAACACACACAAAAAUACAAGGCAUUGUAGAGGCUGUUAAUCUUCUGAGCAAUGGGCUCAUUUGUUUACAGUAAUUAUGAUUGAGUCUAAAAAUAAAUGUGGCAAUGACUCAUUGAUGUUAACUAUACAUGUAGCACUCUUAAAAAGAAA